GUUUUCUUCUUUGGCUUAUUUUAUAGACAAGGAAACAAAGGCAAAAAGGGUCAAGGUAUCUUGUAAAGGGUCACACAGUUAGUAAGUAUCUGAGGCCACAUAUGAACUUAAAUCUUCUUGACUCUGGGCCCAACACUCUGAGGGGAGGUGUUACAAAAUUUCUUUCAAAGAUGGGGUGAUAUUUGGGCAUGCUUGUGAAAGCAGUAAAAGUCAGUGGAUAAAAAAAGUUUGUUAGUCAAGGAAAAGGGAGACACGAAAAGGCAAUCUGAAAAAAAAGGUGAAAGGAACAAGGGCUAGUGUUGGGUAGAAGAAUAACAACUUCAUCUUUUGAAAUGGGAGCAAAGGGUAUCAUGUUAACAUGAUUUAAAGUGUGAAACUGGGAAGAAGGAACUGAAUCUAUGGAGAGAUUGAAUUGGCUUAGAGACAUUCCAUUGGGAAAUGUUCAGAGUUGUCAUUCUGGUGUGACUGGACCAAUUCACAGCUCCACCAACAUUAUAUUAACAUGCCCACUUUCCUGUAGUCCCUCUAACUUUGCUCAUUUUUCUCACUGAUUAUUUUUGCUGUCUGAUGGGUUUUUCACGGUGUAAAGUUAAGUACUUCAGAGAUGCUUUAAUUUGCAUUUCUCUAAUUAUUAGUAAAUGGAAGAAUUUUUUAAAAUACAGUUGAUAGUUUGAAUUUCAGCUUUUGAAAACUUCCUGCCAAACACAGAUUUUCUGUUUUUGAGUUUUUAUUACCUUACCCAGAUAAUUGUAAUGAUCCUCCUGACUUUGGCUGCCCUUCUCCUAUCAAUCCUUCCUACAGAUAUCAAAACAAUUUUCCUAAGGCAUAGAGCAGAACACUUUACUCCUCUGCUCAAGGACCCACAGUAGUUCCCUUUUGCCUUGGCAAUAAAAUAUAAAUUUCUUAGCUAGGAAUUUAAAACCUUUCACAGCCUUGUUCCUAACUAACUCUUCAGACAUUUCAUAUUACUCUCGAUCACAUAUUUUGUAUUCCAGCCAAUCUUAAAUUCUUCCAGUUUUCCAAACUAGACAUUUCAUCUUCUGACAAACUCUUCAUCCUCAUUUUUGCCUCUUAGAAACUUUUCUGCUUUCCAGGCUCAACUUAAACAUCUCUUCCUCCAUGAAAAUUUUUUUUGAUCCUUCUCAAUUGACUGCCUUCCUCCUCAAGUUCUGUUAAAAACAAACAAACAAAAACUCUUUAUCUGAACUUUCCUUGGAUCUCUUCAUGUCCUUUUUUUUAAAAAAAAAUUUAAUUGUAGUAGGUUUAUUUAUUUUAAAUUAAAGUUUUAUUUUCACAAUAUAUACAUGGACAAUUUUCAACACUCACCCCUACAAAACCCUGUAUUCUAAUUUUCCCUCCUUUGUACUCACCUCCUCCCCCAGUCAGCAAAUGAUCCACUAUAUGUAAAACAUUUGCAAUUCCUCUGUAUAUAUUUCCACAAAUAUAAUGCUGCACAAGAAAAAUCAGAACAAAGAGGGAAAAAAUGAGAAAGAAAACAAAAUGCAAGCAAACAAUAACAAAAAGAGUGAAAAAUACUAUGUUGUGGUCUACAUUCAGUUCCCACUGUCCUCUCCUGGGUCCAAAUGGCUUUCUUCAUCACAAGACCAUUGGAAUUGGUCUAAAUCACCUCAUUGUUAAAAAGAGCCACAUCCAUCAGAACUGAUCAUCAUAUAAUCCAUCUAUCCUGAUCUUCCAAGGAGCUGCAUAUCAUAGGAAGGGAUGGCAGCCUGACUGAAACUGGAAGGACCUUAGAUAUCACCUACACUAAAUACCUCUCCUCAUUUAACAUAUGGGGAAACUGAGAUCAAGGGAAGUUAAGUAAUUUGCUCAAGUCCCUGCUGGACCCCUGCUGCCCUAAAGUAGGCACUGUGCUAAAGAAUGAGUGACACCCACUAGGAGAAUUACUUAGGGAGUAUUCUCCUGGUAACCCUAUAAAAGGACCAUAGGGACUGCUGGGCCUUCAUAUUUCUGGUACUGCAAAGACCGGAGAUAGAAGUUGAGAUGGCGCUCUCUGCAAAUGACAAGAAUAACGUGAAGAGGAUCUGGAGUAAGUGGAUGGGAGGCAAUGCUAGUGCUGAAGCCCUGUUGAGGACCUUCCUCUCCUUCCCCACUACCAAGACCUACUUCUUAAUCAAUACGGCCCGGCUCUGUCGACGGUCAGCACCAUGGUCAGAAGGUGCCCUUUCCCAGGCUGUUGCCAACCUGGAUGAUCUGCGCAUGACCCUGUCCAAACAGAGCUUCAAGCUGAAAAUGGAUCCUGUUAACUUCAAGUUGAGUCAGAGAUCAAGGGACCCACCAGAGCUGGCGAAUGGGGAUUCCCAGUAAUGCUAUAUGCUAGCCACGCAGCUCCAUUGAGGUGUAAUGAAGAUUUGGUAUGGACAGAUUACUGGAUUCCGAGUUAGAGUGGCAUUUGACCGCGGUCAGGACGGGCGCAAUGGGCGGCUGGAAUACAAGACAGGUAAGGGAAUGAAGCAGGCAGGGGCAGCGGGGGCAGGGAAGUGUGGGUGCCCACCUGACUCGGGAGCUGUCCCUUCUCUCCCAGCUCCUCUCUCACUGCCUGAUAGUGACUCUGGCCCGUCACCUGAGCAAGGAUUUGACUCACAAAGUGCACGCCUACAUGGAUAAUAAGUUCUUUGCCUCUGUGGCUGCCUCUAUGCGCUGAUCUCAAAGUACCGUUAGGUCUUCAGAGGCAAGGAAUUUCCCUCACCCUGCUGCCCCAACUGGGCUGCGGAUCCCUCGGUGUCCCCAUCUCCUCUUACUCCGCACAGUCUGAUGGACGUCUCCGAAUAAAGUCCGAG